AUGGUUGAAGCUGAUCGCCCAGGAAAGCUCUUCAUUGGAGGACUCAAUACAGAAACAAAUGAGAAAGCGCUGGAGGCUGUAUUUGGCAAAUAUGGACGAAUUGUAGAAGUGCUCUUGAUGAAAGACCGAGAAACUAACAAAUCAAGAGGAUUUGCUUUUGUCACCUUUGAAAGCCCAGCGGAUGCCAAAGAUGCAGCCAGAGAUAUGAAUGGAAAGUCUUUGGAUGGAAAGGCUAUCAAAGUGGAACAAGCCACCAAGCCAACAUUUGAAAGUGGUAGACGUGGACCCCCUCCACCUCCAAGAAGCAGAGGUCCUCCAAGAGGUCUUCGAGGUGGAAGAGGAGGAAGUGGAGGAACCAGGGGACCCCCUUCACGUGGGGGUCACAUGGAUGAUGGUGGCUAUUCUAUGAACUUUAACAUGAGUUCUUCCCGGGGACCACUGCCAGUGAAAAGGGGACCACCGCCACGAAGUGGAGGGCCGCCUCCUAAAAGAUCAGCCCCUUCAGGACCAGUUCGAAGCAGCAGUGGAAUGGGUGGAAGAGCACCUGUAUCACGUGGAAGAGACAGUUACGGAGGUCCACCAAGAAGGGAACCGUUACCUUCACGUAGAGAUGUUUAUUUGUCCCCAAGAGAUGAUGGAUAUUCUACUAAAGAUAGUUAUUCAAGCAGAGAUUACCCAAGUUCUAGGGAUACAAGAGAUUAUGCACCACCACCAAGAGAUUAUACAUAUCGUGAUUAUGGUCAUUCCAGUUCACGCGAUGACUAUCCCUCUAGAGGCUAUAGUGAUAGAGAUGGCUAUGGUCGUGAUCGCGAUUAUUCAGAUCACCCAAGUGGAGGCUCCUACAGAGAUUCCUAUGAGAGUUAUGGUAACUCACGUAGUGCUCCACCUACACGUGGGCCCCCGCCAUCUUAUGGUGGAAGCAGUCGCUAUGAUGAUUACAGCAGCUCACGAGACGGAUAUGGUGGAAGUCGAGACAGUUACUCAAGCAGCCGAAGUGAUCUCUACUCAAGUGGCCGUGAUCGGGUUGGCAGACAAGAACGAGGGCUUCCUCCUUCUAUGGAAAGGGGGUACCCUCCUCCACGUGAUUCCUACAGCAGUUCAAGCCGCGGAGCACCAAGAGGUGGUGGCCGCGGAGGAAGCCGAUCUGAUAGAGGGGGAGGCAGAAGCAGAUACUAA